AUGGCCGGGGCUGCGGGGAGCCCGCUGCCCGCGGUGAGGAGGAAGAAGAGCAUCUCUAUUGAGGAAAAAAUUGACAUCAUAAGCGCUGUGGAGAGCGGCGGGAAGAAGGCGGACAUCGCGGCCAAGUAUGGCAUCAAGAAGAAUUCCCUGUCCUCAAUCAUGAAGAAUAAGGAGAAAGUUUUGGAGGCUUUCGAGUCGUUGCGGUUCGAUCCCAAGAGGAAAAGGCUGAGGACUGCUUUUUACGCCGACCUGGAAGAGGCGUUGGUGAAGUGGUGCCGCAUUGCGCAGUGCCUGAACGCGCCGGUGAACGGCCCCGCGCUGCGCCUCAGGGCCAACGAUUUUGCCCAGAAGCUGGGACACACUGGUUUCAAAUGCAGCAACGGCUGGCUCGAUCGUUUCAAGGCGAGGUACGGCUUAGUUUUCAGAGCUCAGCCUGUAGAAGCGGCGGCUGGUGCUGCUGCAGUGGGUGCUCCGACUCUCUGGUACCAAAACAUUCUUCCUUCUUACUUAAAUGAUUAUCAGCCAAAAAACGUGUUUUAUAUACAGGAGACUGGAUUGCUGUAUCAGAUGUUGCCGCACAGCACAUUUGCUUUUAAAGGGGAAACUUGUUCUGUAGGUAAACUAAGCAAAGAGAGAAUAACCGUGGUGCUGGGUACAAAUGUGGAUGGCUCCGAGAAACUUCCUUUGCUUGUUAUAGGAAAAAACAAAAGUCCACACUCCUUCAAAGCUGUGAAGUCGCUGCCUGUGGAUUACGAAGCAAAUGAUAGGGCGUGGAUGACUCCAGAAGUGUUUGAACGGUGGAUGCAUAAACUUGACGACAGAUUUCAAGCACAGCAGCGACAGGUAGUUACUCUCGUCGAGUCUCUCCCAGCUCACACAGAAGUAAAGAACCUGAAGUCUGUCAAAUUAGUGUUCUCUCCUCCAGGCUCUUCUUCAUGGAUAGCUACAAAACAAGGGGCUGUCAGAAGUCUGAAGGUUCAAUACAGGUGCUGUCUUGUCAAGAGAUUUGUUGACUGCGUAGAAAGUAAUAAAGAGUUUAUGCUGACUCUUCUUGAUGCAAUUGAGAUGUUGCACCUGUGCUGGAGGAAAGUGACACCAGAGACUAUUGUAAAAAGUUAUAAUGAGGCAGAAUUCGAAUUAGAAACCAAGGCAAAUGGUAGCGACACAGAGGUUGAAGGUGAUUUUGAUUUGAUUGCACAUGCACAAGCGGCUGGAGUGGAGUUUCCAGAAGGUUUAUCUCUGGAGGAAUAUGCAGCUCUAGAUGAUGGCUUGGUAACUUGCGAAAUGCCCACAAAUAAUGAAAGGAUGCGUGCCAAAGAAAGCGCAUCUGAUAAAGCUGGGACAUUUGUUGGCGAUGAAGAUGAGGGUGAAGGUGAUGAAUUUCAGGGAGCUGAACACCCUCUACCAUCAAAAAAUGAGGCUUUGAGCGCUUUAGAGACCCUUCGAAAGUUUAUCAGAAGUCAAGACACGGAUGAGUCCUUUCACGAUUCCUUAGCUGACCUGGAGAAAUUUAUUCAACAUGUAGCGUGUGAAUAA